CAAAGAAAAAGAGGUUAUGUUGUGUGAUGUGUCAACGGCAACGCUUUUAAGUUGUUUAUUUGAUCUAAAAUAAUAAUGAAAAUAUAAGUUUUUUUUAUGUUAUUUGUGACUGACAACAACUUGAGCAAUGGCUGUCGUAAUAGAAACAACAUUAGGCGAUAUUACUGUUGAUCUAUACUUGGACCAAAGGCCUGUUACAUGUCUCAACUUUUUGAAGCUUUGCAAGAUGAAAUACUACAAUUUCAACCUAUUUCACAGUAUAAGGAGUGGUUUCAUAGCUCAAACAGGUGACCCUACUGGUGAAGGUUCCGGAGGUCAAUCGAUAUUCGGUCUGUUAGAAGGUCCAACGAAGCGAUUCUUUUCUGGUGAAAAGAUGCCGAAAAUUCGUCAUACCAAUGCAGGUUUGCUGUCAAUGGUAUGCUCAGAGGACAUGAUGGUAGGCUCACAAUUCUUCUUUACCCUUGCGCCUGAUUUGGAUUCACUAGAUGGUGUUCAUUGCGUCAUUGGUGAAGUGACUGAGGGGCACGAAGUUUUACGAAAAUUAAAUGAGGUUAUUUGUGAUGAUGGCCAUCGUCCCUACCAAGAUGUUCGUAUUACCCAUACAGUAAUUCUUGAAGACCCAUUUAAUGACCCAGCUGGAUUCAGAGCACCAUCCAGGUCACCAUCGCCCAGUGCGGAAAGAUUGAAAGGUGGAAGAAUUGCACCAGAUGAAGAAAUAGAUGAAACUCAUGGGAAAUCAGCUGAAGAAGUCCAAGAAAUGAUUGAAGAAAAGGAGGCCAAAGCAAGAGCAACUAUUUUGGAAAUAGUAGGAGACAUCCCUGAUGCUGACAUUGCACCUCCUGAAAAUGUGCUCUUUGUUUGUAAGCUCAACCCUGUCACAACCGAUGAAGACUUAGAAAUCAUAUUCAGCCGCUUUGGUGAGAUAGUAAGUUGUGAGGUUAUAAGGGACAAGAAAACGGGAGAUUCAUUGCAAUAUGCUUUUAUUGAAUUUACAAAUAAAAAAUCAUGUGAAGAUGCUUAUUUCAAAAUGGACAAUGUCUUGAUUGAUGAUAGAAGGAUUCAUGUAGAUUUCUCACAAUCAGUGUCCAAGAUGAGAUAUUUAGGAAAAGGAAGAGGUGUGAAAUAUCUUGAUGAAAAUGAUAAAAACUUCAAAAAUAAUAAUAUUAAUGAGAGUAGAAAUGCUUCACAAAAGAAAUAUAAGGAUAGAGAUAAUAAAAAUUAUGAUACUGAUAAACAUAAACAACAAAAUCAUGAAAAUAGAACUAGUAAUAGAGAAAAGAAACAACCAAAUCUCAGGGACUCAAAUAAUCGUAGAGGUAGAAGUAGGAGUAGAAGCCAAUCUAGAAAAAAGAGACCAACCUCAAGAGAUAAAAGGCAUGUUAAAGAUAAUAAUGAAAAUGAUUCAAAGCACCGUGAAUAUUCAAAACAAGGUGCUAUUAAUGACAAAGAACACAGACAUAGAGAACGCAAUUAUCACUCACACCAUACUCAACAUACUCCAGAAAGAAUUGAUCACUCAGAUAAAGCUGAAUCUCCAAAAAGAAGACAAAUAGACAUUUCAAAAUCUGAAAGACAUAAACCAGUUACUGAAAAAUAUAGCAGAAGAGAAAUUGAAAGUAACUCUAAUGGAGAGAUUAGAGAUUCAAAAGAUUAUAAGAAGAAAACUCCAAAGAGAGUUCAAGAUGAUGACUCAGACACAGCUAUUGCUAGUAAAAAGAUUAAAAGACAUGACUGCAAAGAGCAAGUAAAAAAGCCAGAAUCCAAAAAGACAACAUCAAUUCAAAAGAAGCCUGUGGAGAAAAAAAAGAAAAAGAAAAAGAUUGUUAAAAAACGCAGGCAAGAUUCCACUUCAUCAUCAGAUACUGAUUCGUCAGAGACUAGUUCAUCUAGUGAUACAAGUACAUCUAGUGAGGAUAGUAGAAAGAAAAGGAGAACUAAAAAGCGUAGAAGGAGACAUUCUUCAACCAGUAGUAGCAGUGACUCUAGUGAUUCCUCAUCAAGUUCAUCAUCAAGUUCAUGUUCCAGCUCUACCAGCUCUAGUUCUGAUAGUGAACCUAGAAAAAGAAAGAGAACAAAAAAACAACCUCAAAAAGUCAUUAAAAAGUCAAAAAAAAGAUCAUAGCAUAGCGCUUAUCAAUAUUAUAAAACUGUAGUUACAAAACACUUGUGUUCAAUGUAGGAUAUGAUUUCUGUAUUUUUUAUUUUAUUUUAAACAGUUUUUUGCUCUUGUAAGCAAUCUAUAUUUUAAUUCUAUAAAUCACAAUUGCAAUACUUUAAAGUUUGUUUUGUUGCUUUCUCUAUCAAAAAGAAAAGAAAUAAGAGCAAUAAUGAUAACUAUGACACUUGAUGUGCCAUUAUUUUUAAAUUAUAGUCAAUUGGAUUAUUCAAUGCUACUUGUAACAAUAAUGUCCUCCUUUUUUUUUUAAAUGUAUAAACAAAGUUUUUUUCACAAUCUGUACCUAAUCUACAAGUUUACUUAUUUGUUUAUUGUGAACUGGAUGGGUGGAAUAUGGGUUCAUUGUAAUGAUUUAAGUAUACAUUUUAUGUUCAUCGUUUUUGUCUUAAAUGGUCUAGGUAAUAAGGAAUUAUAUAUUAGAACAAUUGUUAGUACAAAACUUUAAUGCCUAAUAAAUUGCUUGAAAUAAGGGCAUGUUUUUGAUAAAAAAUGUACUUGCACACAAUGCAAAUAUUUAAUUAUACACUCAUGUUUUGCUAUUGAAUAAACAUUAAUAUAUAUCAUAUUUGAACACAAGUUGACUUUAAUAUUUGUGUUUACUUUAAUAUUUACAGUACUGCCCAAAAAAUGGAGUAUUUUGUUUUCAUGAUUCAUGUAUGAACAUUAAUUAAAGUGUUGUAAAUUUUUAAGAAACAAGUAACUUUGGUCUAUUUCUGAUUUGAUAAUGAAAUUUGACAUUUAAAAUAUGAAACCAAAUCUUAUUGGUUACUCUAAUACCAAGAAAUUGAUUGAUUUCCUUAGUUAUUUAUUAAUUUUAUUUAAUUUUAAGAAGUCUUUAUAUCUUAUUUCAUUAAAUCCAUACUUAUUACCUGC